AUGGAGAAGGGCAACCAACCACACCUGGACUUGGACAAACGGCUACAGCACCCACAUCUUCCAACUUCGGAAGGAUUCAAUUAUUUCAAGAAUAUGACAAUAAUGCAGAAGACUUUGAUUCGUAUCUGGACAGGUUUGAGUGCUAUUGUGAACUUAAUGGGGGCUCGACCUGUACCAUUUGCGCUAAAAAAGCGGGUUGAAGAUGAACUUCACAGACUAGAGAAUUUAAAUUUAAUAUCUAAAACUACCCAUUCAGAGUGGGCGACCCUGGUGAUUCCAGUCAUUAAACCGGAUGGUAACAUUAGGCUUGUAGCGGACUACAGGGUGACUGUAAAUAAACACAUUAUUCCUGAUGAACACCCGAUUCCGACAAUUGAAGAAAUUCUGAGCAAAGUUAGUGGUGCUAGAUACUUCUCUAAAUUUGAUAUUAGGGAAGCGUAUAUGCAUCUACCGGUAGACGAGGAAGCGUCAAAACUCAUGACUAUCAAUACGACAUUAGGCUUAUUCAAUGUAAAUAGGUUGAUGUAUGGUGUAAGCAGUGCACCGGCGAUAUGGCAACGUACCAUGGAGUCUAUUUUCAAUGGAAUUUCAGGAAUUCAGAUUUUUUAUGAUGACAUCAAGCUUUGUUCCCCUGAUAAGCAAACUCAUAUUCAGAACUUAGAGAAGUUUUUCACUAUUUGUAGAGAAAAUAAUAUUCGUCUCAAACGUGAGAAAUGUGAAUUUUUGACUGAUGAAAUAACGUACCUAGGGUAUAAGUUAGAUCGUGAAGGGAUCAAGAAGACUGAAGAGAAAAUUCAGGCUAUUGUGGACGCAAAACCUCCUACAAACCUCACAGAACUACGCUCUUUCAUAGGGUUUGUUUCGUAUUAUUCCCGCUUUAUUCCAAAAGCUGCUGACUUGAUGAGACCUCUUUAUGACUUAAUGAAGAAAAAUAAGACAUUUCAAUGGACUCAAAAUGCAGAUACUGCGUUCAACGCGAUCAAAAAGGAAAUAGUCUCUGAUAGAGUUCUCGAUUAUUAUGAUCCUGCUAAACCUUUGAUUGUAGCAACUGAUGCUAGUCCCUAUGGAAUAGGAGGAGUUCUGUCCCAUCAAUAUCCGGAUGGGUCGGAAAGACCAGUGAUAUUUGUUAGUCGGAGUCUUACACCUAGCGAAAUGAGAUAUUCACAGAUAGAUCGUGAAGCCCUUGCAAUUGUAUGGGUCGUUAAGAAAUUGUUUAACUACAUUUAUGGCAGACAUUUUAUACUCUACAGUGACCAUAAACCUUUGGCUUCAAUCUUUAACGCUGAAAAGGGAGCACCCUCACUUAGCACUACACGACUUCUUCAUUAUUCGAUCUUCCUCCAAGGUUUCGACUAUGAAAUUAGGUACAAAAAGCACGACCAACACUUCAAUGCUGAUUUUUGCUCCAGAUUUUUGAUUAAAUCUAACAAAAAGACUACUGACGCGGCAGAAAUUUUCCAACUUGAACAAUUAAAUAUUCUACCAGUUACGGCAGAGCAAAUUGCAAAUGAAACUGAUGAAGACACUUAUUUAUCUCAGCUUAAAAGGUCUAUUCAAGAAGGAAGUAGGCAGGUUCAACAAGACAGAUUGGGGGAGUGGACGAUUCAAGAUGGCUGUAUCAUGAAAGGGAUCCGAGUAGUAAUCCCCAGGAAACUUCAGACAAAAAUACUUCAAGAACUCCAUGAAGGUCAUUUUGGAAUGGUUAAGAUGAAAACCCUAGCAAGGUCACAUGUUUACUGGGAAGGGAUUGACCGAGAUAUAGAGGAAUAUGUCAGGCAUUGUGAAGCAUGUCAAAAACAAAGUCCUAUGCCAAAGAAAGAGAAAAUGCAUGCAUGGGAGUAUCCAAGUGGACCGUGGCAACGAGUUCACAUAGAUUACGCAGGGGUUUCACCCGCCCAGCUCAUGCUGAAUCGAGAAUUAAUCACGUCAAUUGAUCUGGUAAAAUCGAACACAGUUCUACAAAAUGUGAUCAAAAACCAAGCUAGAAUGAUGAGUUACGACGCAGGUAAAUCUACAGACCUUGCAAUCGGAAGCAACGUAAUCUACAAAAAUUUUUCGAGAACAGGGGAGAAAUGGCACCAAGGGACCAUCCUUAAGAGGAAUGGGAAUGUCAUGUAUGAUAUCAGGUGUUUUCUCUCUUUCAAAAUACAAUUUUAUUCUACCACUGAUGAUGCGUCUCUUUUCAACUCCCUGAUGCGACAAGCAAAACCCCUCCGAGGAAAGAGAAGAGUCCUUCUCCUCUUGUUAGUGAUAGGUAUCAAACAAGAUCAGGUAGAUUUGUAA